AUGAAGCGCAUAAUGCGCGAGGCUCAAGAGAUGUCCAAGUCGCCCUCCCCGGACUACUCGGCUGCACCACUAGAAACCGACCUCUUCGAAUGGCACUUCACCCUCCGCGGCCCACCCGGGUCCUCCUACGCCGACGGCCUCUAUCACGGCCGCAUAGUCCUCCCCCCGACCUACCCGCUCCGCCCGCCGUCCUUCCGCUUCCUGACGCCCUCGGGGCGCUUCGAGGCCAACCGCGAGAUCUGCCUCUCGAUAUCGGGCCACCACGAGGAGACGUGGCAGCCGGCGUGGGGCGUGAGGACGGCCCUGGUGGCGCUGCGGAGCUUCAUGGAGACGGACUCCAAGGGCCAGCUUGGCGGCCUGGACACCACCGACGCUGUGCGCAGGAGGCUGGCCACCGAGAGCAGGGGCUGGAGGUGUAAUGCCUGCGGGGGGCGGACGAACGAGGAGAUCAUCAAGGAGUGCGAGGACGCCGCGAAGGCCGCCGAGGCGGAGGCAGGCGAGGGGAGCAGCAAGGCCAACGAGGUCGAGGUGCCGCCCGAGCUGAGCAUGGGCUUCAAGGACGAGAUGGAGAAGAACGCCGCGGCGGCCGCCGCCGCGGGGGGAUCCGCUGGGGGAAGCAUCGAGGCGACGGCGCAGGCCAUGGAGGACGCCGAGACCGCGGAGCUGGCAGAGGGUUUCGUGCAGACGGUGCCGCGGGCAGAUCUCGGCCCGGGCGGAGCCUCGUCAACAGCCGCUGGGCUGGCGCAGCCGGGCCAGUCGGUUCCCCAGCCCACGAGGACGGUCCCGCUGCCGAAUGCGGCGCACAACACUGCCGUGCCGCUGCAACAGGCACAACUGCUGCAGCAACAACACACGCUCAACGACAGGGGCGUGCCUAAGUGGAUAGAUAGGGUCAUCGCCGCGCUCGUCGUCUGUCUGGUGGGCAUGAUAUUAAAGGUCAUCGUCGGCCGGUAG